AUUUCGAUGAAACUGUUCCCAUAGAAACAUCAUUAUUUGAGAUACAUAUUGUAUUUGAAUUGAUAGAUCCAUAUUUGAUGCAAAGUGUGUAAAAUAUUUUUAUUUCAAUAUUCACAAUGGUCGAAAAGGAUCCUCAACUCACCGCGCUCGAAGCGGGUGAAUUAGAUGUUUUUGUGGAGACAAUGGAAGCGUCUCGCCUUGAAGUCAUAGGGAGUCAAGCAUGGAUAGACUGGCACAUCAGACUACAAAAGCUCAAUCAGCAAGCUGUUUUGGAGGCAACCACCCUGCAAGAAGAACAAACCAAGGAAGCCCUUAUUUCUUGUGGAAAGUUACCGAUUCUCGUGCAUGAAGCAAUAUGUAUCCAAGUAUGGCGUCUGAAGAUCUACCCUCAGAUACUGAAGCUGGAUCCAUCACCGACUAACACUUUCGGUAUUUAUAUGGUGUUGUACCACGAAGCAGUGGCGGUAGGACUCCUGGAAACCGUGUUGUUCCACGAAGACGGCGCUCAGUGCAUCAACGAAGUCGCCGUAGAUCUACUGGAAUACGCCGUCGAACAGCUGACUGCGUUAUUAGCUUUGCUCAACAUGGAUUAUCUGAACAAAAUCGAGCCAGCCGCAAUGACAGAAUCCGCCAUCGAAGAGUUGGAGCGGCAGAAGAAGGGGCUGCAGUUUGAUAUCAGCAUGCGCUGCAUCACCAUCGUACGCUACCUGGCGGAACAUAUGGAGAUAGCCGGUGUCGGCGCGUCAAUGGCCACGAACCUAUUCAAAAUUAGUGACGUGCCAUCGCUGUUGGCUCAUCUCAUUGAGUUGCAGCCGUGGAAGAGGGCCAACGACAAGGGUGACAUGGAACUGUUCAAUUAUGGGCUAUGGAACAAAGCGUCAGACGAAGAAAUAGCCCAAUUGCACCGCACUGAAGCUCAACUAUGGCUAUGUCUCAGGCAGUUGCUUCUGGAGCCGAGAUUGGCUCAUUAUUACGUCAUUGACGACUGCCGUCGCAGUGCUUUUUGUAAGAUUCAGAGCAAAAUAACAGAGGAGAUGCUAGACCAAAUCCCACCGCUGGGCGAACUGAAGAACUUCUUGUGUCGGUUGUCGGUGGGAGAUUAUUCUCCGAUGCAACAGCCCAACGGUGCCAAGAACCCUGGCUGCACGCUCAUACAAGUGGUUCCACAGAUAAAAGAAGCAUACAUGAAGCAAGUCCACAGACGGACCAAAACUGUGGCAAAGGCCCAACUUGGCUGUUUCCAAAUGGACGGUUCGGACGAAUCGCGCGAAAUGGCGAAGAAACUUCUGGAAUCGUACACCAGCGAUGCGGCGCUCGCCAUGGACGGCGGCGGCGCAAAGUGUGCAAAGUGUGGAGACAAAGCUAGCAAGAAAUGUGCCAGGUGCAAACAAGAGUGGUACUGCGGUAGGGAAUGUCAGGUGCAACAAUGGCCGAAACACAAGGACAUCUGCGAUCAAUUCGCCAAUCUUAUUGUUUAAUUUAUUUUUGUUUACAUCUGCCUACCCGAAGUGGGAUAAGGGGAGGAUGUUUUUUUGUUUUAUUUUUAUUUUGGAAUUGAUCUAAGUUGAUCCAUUAGAAUAAUCCUAGUCAAGUAACAAAAAUGUGUUCUGUGGCGUUGUUUUACGAUUAUGAUUGAAAUAAAAGCACUAUGUACAAUU